AUGAGGUCCCGAAACCAAGGUGGAGAAAGCUCGUCUAACGGGCACUUCUCCAGUUCCAAGCCUGUCAUCAGCCACGCAGAGAAUGAAAAACUUCAGGAGGACGCCAAGAAAAAGAACAAACCUCAUCGGAAGGAAGAUGAGGUCAUGGUUUCAGCAACUGUCAAACGGCACUCAAAAUCACCCGGUCCUAGUGAGCGAAAGAACAAGAAGUCCAUAGAGCUUUCUAAAGAAGACUUGAUAAAGCUACUCAGUAUAAUGGAAGGAGAAUUGCAGGCAAGGGAGGAUGUGAUCCACAUGCUGAAGACAGAGAAAACCAAACCUGAAGUUUUAGAAGCUCAUUAUGGGUCUGCAACUCCAGAGAAUGUGCUUCGAGUGCUACACAGGGAUGCCAUCCUUGCCCAAGAGAAGUCUGUAGGGGAAGAUGUCUACGAGAAACCCAUUUCAGAGCUGGACAGACUUGAAGAAAAGCAGAAAGAGACAUACCGGCGCAUGCUGGAACAGCUCCUGUUGGCAGAGAAGUGCCAUCGUCGCACCGUUUACGAGCUAGAGAAUGAGAAACAUAAACAUACAGAUUACAUGAACAAGAGCGAUGACUUUACCAACCUCUUGGAACAGGAGCGGGAGAGGCUGAAGAAACUUCUUGAGCAGGAGAAGAUCUAUCAAGCCCGGAAGGAGAAGGAGCAUACAAAGAGAAUCAAUAAACUAAGAGAAGAACUAGUCAAGCUCAAAUCAUUUGCACUCAUGCUGGUGGAUGAAAGACAAAUGCAUAUUGAACAACUUGGUCAACAAAGCCAGAAAAUACAGGACUUAACCCAGAAACUAAAGGAAGAAGAAGAAAAGCUUAAAAUUAUUAGUGCAAAAACAAAAGAAGAUGGACAAAAACUGAUGAAAUUAGAGGCAGAACUUGAACACAAAACAUCAUCAUUUUGUCAAGAACAUGAGGAGAUGACUGCUAAACUGGCUAAUCAAGAGUCACAUAAUAGACAACUAAGGCUCAAGCUAGUGGGGUUGACUCGCAGAAUAGAGGAGCUAGAAGAAACUAACAAAAAUCUUCAAAAGACUGAGGAAGAACUUCAAGAACUAAGAGAUAAAAUAGCAAAAGGGGAAUGUGGGAACUCUAGCUUAAUGGCAGAAGUGGAAAACCUCCGCAAGCGUGUGCUUGAAAUGGAGGGGAAAGAUGAAGAGAUCACAAAAACCGAAUCCCAGUGCAAAGAGCUGAAAAAUAAACUGCAAGAGGAAGAGCAUCAUAGCAAAGAGCUGAAACUUGAAGUGGAAAAACUGCAGAAAAGAAUGUCAGAAUUAGAGAAGCUGGAAGAGGCUUUCAGUAAAAGUAAGUCGGAAUGCACUCAGCUGCACUUAAACUUGGAGAAAGAAAAAAAUUUGACUAAGGAUUUGAUAAAUGAGUUGGAAGUGGUGAAGACUCGAGUGAAGGACCUUGAGACAUCUGAAAGCAAGUUGGAAAAGGCUGAAAUAAGCUUAAAAGAUGACCUUACAAAGCUGAAGUCAUUUACUGUAAUGUUGGUUGAUGAACGAAAAAAUAUGAUGGAAAAAAUAAAACAGGAGGAAAAAAAGGUUGAGGGCCUAAACAAGAAUUUUAAAGUUGAACAAGGGAAAGUUAUGGAUGUAACAGAGAAAUUGAUAGAAGAAAGUAAGAAAUUUUUGAAACUGAAAUCUGAAAUGGAGGAAAAAGUAUCUAGUUUGACAAAGGAAAGGGAUGAGUUAAUUGGCAAACUGAGAAGUGAAGAAGAAAAAUCAUGUGAAUUAAGCUGUAGAGUUGACCUAUUGAAGAAAAGAAUUGAUGGUAUGGAGGAAGUAGAAAGAGAAAUUACGAGAGGUCGAACUAGGAAAGGAGCAGAGCAUGGUUGUCAUGAGGACAACAAGAUUAAGGAACUUACCAUUGAAAUUGAAAGAUUGAAAAAACGUCUCAAACAACUGGAAGUGGUUGAAGGAGAUUUGAUGAAGACUGAAGAUGAGUAUGAUCAGCUAGAGCAGAAAUUUAGGACUGAGCAGGAUAAAGCUAAUUUUCUUUCUCAACAGUUGGAGGAGAUGAAACUCCAGAUUGCCAAAACGAAAGCAAUAGAAAAAGGUGAAGUGGUGAGCCAGGAGGCAGAGCUGAGACACCGGUUUCGUCUGGAAGAGGCCAAAAGCAGAGAUUUGAAAGCAGAAGUUCAAGCACUUAAGGAAAAAAUCCAUGAGCUUAUGAACAAAGAAGACCAGCUUUCUCAGCUCCAAGUCGAUUAUUCAGUUCUACAGCAGAGGUUUAUGGAAGAGGAAAACAAAAACAAGAGCAUGGGGCAGGAAGUUUUGAACUUAACAAGAGAGCUGGAGCUUUCUAAGCGUUACAGCCGCGCUCUGAGGCCCAGCAUGAACGGCAGAAGAAUGGUUGAUGUUCCCGUGACAUCCACUGGCGUGCAGACAGAUGCUUUAAGCAAUGAAGCAGCAGAAGAAGAAACUCCAGCAGUGUUUAUAAGGAAAUCCUUCCAGGAGGAGAAUCAUAUCAUGAGCAAUCUGCGACAGGUAGGUCUGAAAAAACCCAUGGAGCGUUCUUCAGUGCUUGAGAGAUAUCCUCCGGCAGCAAAUGAGCUUGCUAUGAGGAAAUCCUGGAUACCAUGGAUGAAAAAGAGGGAAGCUGGGGCUCAGACAGCUUCUGAUAAAGGAGCCCGAGCCCACAGUAGUCCAGCACAUCCUGGGGAGGUUGUCCUUUCACCAAAGCAGGGUCAACCUCUUCAUAUUCGGGUGACACCGGACCAUGAGAACAGUACAGCAACUUUGGAGAUAACCAGUCCAUCCGCAGAGGAAUUUUUUUCAAGUACCACUGUCAUUCCUACUUUGGGAAAUCAGAAGCCACGAAUAACCAUCAUUCCCUCUCCAAAUGUUAUGCCACAAAAAGGAAAAGGCAGUGAAAGUCCCAUGGGCCCAGAUCGUUCCAUGUCUCCAGUCACUAUAACGACAUUCUCCAGGGAAAAGUCCCCAGAGGGAGGGAGAGCACCCUUUGCUGACAGACCUGCAUCACCAAUUCAGAUCAUGACAGUAUCGACGUCUGCAGCGCCGGCAGAAAUCUCCGUCUCUCCGCAGUCACAAGAUAUGACCAUGGGCAGGGCUGUUUUCAAAGUCACGCCGGAAAAGCAAACCGUCCCAACUCCAAUCCGCAAGUACAAUGCCAAUGCCAACAUUAUUACAACAGAAGACAACAAAAUCCACAUCCACUUGGGUUCCCAGUUUAAACGUUCUCCCAGUGCCACGCCUGACGGCGCGAGCCCUGUGAUAACAGUCCGACCAGUGAACAUCGCGGCAGAGAAAGAGGUGGUAACUGGUACUGUCCUUCGAUCACCUCGGAACAACCUGUCCCCGCGCCCUGCAGCCAGCAAGGUGACAAGUACUAUCACCAUAACCCCUGUUACAACAUCUUCCACUCGAGGAACGCAAUCAGUGACAGGACAGGAUGGGUCAUCCCCGAGACCUACACCCACCCGAAUUCCUGUGUCAAAAGGUAUGAAAGCAGGAAAGCCAGUAGUGGCAGCCCCAGGAGCAGGAAAUGUGACAAAAUUCGAGCCUCGUGCUGAGACUCAGUCUAUGAAAAUAGAACUGAAGAAAUCUUCAGCCAGCAGCUCUGCCUCCCUGGGCGGGGGUCAGGGCUGAUGGCAGUGGCUCAGGGGAGAGUGUCAUCAUUCACCAGUUACGCGUGAACUCUAGAUGAGUUACCGCCUGCUAGAGCUCUCUGGGUGCACUACCCUCCAUGCCUGUGGAUGGACCACUGUAGAAGCUCUCUGCCAUCAACACCAGGGUCACUUGUGCUACUGAUUAUUUGUGGAAGUAUUAGUGCUUCCAUUAGGUUUUAUAUAUAUAUUUUUUUCUUGGUAGAGCUUUAAAAACCAAUGGCCUUGCUGGUAUUUUAAAAAUAUCUAAUCAGAGAGAGAGCAGCAGUCUUUCUGCCAGCUGAAUUUCACUCUUAAUUGCAAAGCCUGAGGCACGUGCUUGAUUUUGUUUGAUAUUUACCAUAUAAUUUAUUUUUAUAAUACACUUUGUAAAGUAGCUGUGCCAAAGUUGCUUAUGACACAUUUAUUUGUAGAAUACACUGUCAAAUUUGCAAUUUGAUAUUUUUGUUAUAGAGAGUAUGUGAAGAAAGAAAAAUAUAACUUCAGCAAUGUUUUCUGUUUAAAUGGAAAAGUAUUCAGUACGUUUUUUUGCCACCAUGAGAUUCUGUGAGACUAAAUACUCUGAAGACUGCUGUAUGGAAUUUGUUGUAGAAUAUUUCUUGCACUGUGUGAUGGUUUGGCAUAAAAUUAAGUAUUAAAGUCCAAUGCCUUGAAAUACAACCAAAUUUACUCAUUUAAAACUAUGUAAGUCAGUUUUUAAAGCUGUGAUUUUUUUCUAUAUAAAGUAUGUUUUUAUUCUGCCUGUACCAAAAAAGUUGAUUUUCAUUACACUGUAACUAAUAAAUUUU